GCACAAUCUUAAAAGUAGUAAAUAAAGUUUACAACUACUUCUUGUGACCUUAUCCUUAUAAAUUUUCAUUCUUAAACCAUUGUUUUAGCAAGAGUCUUAGAAAAACCAAACCAUAGAUUUUCUCCUAAAGUGUAUAUACAGCAAUUCAUUAGCCAGAAAUGAAGUUCCGAUCUAUGACAAAUUAGUCUUUGGCUUGUCGGACUGAGAAAUACCGUGGAAAACCAACAAAAAAUGUUUGAACCAAUGACGAGUUUUGAAUAGUCUCCAUUGUUACAGAUAGUAUAAAGGAUAAAGUAUUUUUUGUAGUUCCUAAAUACAUUUGAAUUGAAAAUCAAAAUUUUAAAAAUAAAUUCUCCUUUUGAAAGACAAAAAUCUUAACACGCCAAAAUGUGGGGAAAAAGAAUUAGAGCAUAUAUAACAAUGAAGCGAAAACAUAAUAGAAAAUAAAAACAAAAACAUUUUAUCAAACUUUCUCCAAAUUCUAACCUAAGCUUGUUUACAAAAUGCUAUGCUUAGGAUCCUUACAUACAUAUAUAGAUACACUAUAUCUACAAUUUGACUCUUAAACCAUGUUGUGCUUGAUUUUUUUGGAAGGGUAACGGGGAUGAUAAUAUCAUUUGUCUUUGGCAUGAAAGUGGUUUAAUUUUGACAUAUAAUAGUGCUUGAAGGAUUAUUUGUGAGCCAACACCAUAUGUUUGAGCAAGAUAUUCUUGUAUUAUUAUGUGAUGAAAUUUGAAUGAAUAAUCAUAAUAACACUGGAGAAUAUCAAGGAGAGAUCUAUCAUAAAGAGGGGAUGUUUUGUUAUUAUUUUCAGGAGGAGGUUGCUAUUAGGAAUUUAUAGCCCUAAUUUUUUUUUAUUGAUUGCUUAUGUGAGUUUGCUAUUUUGUUGAUUUUUUUUAACCUAAUCUAAUCUUUUUAUAUCCAAGGCUUCUUUUCUUUUUUAGUUUGUCUAUCUUUCUCUAUCCUAAAUAAUUAUCUAUUUAAAUAAAGUGAUAUAUUAAAACAUUAGUUGUCUAAAUAUAAAUUAUGUUUUAUGUUUAAUACAUUGAUAAAUAGCAAAUGCUCUUCCUAUAUAAGAUUAUCCAAAUAUAAAUUGUCCAUUUAAAUAAAGUGAUAUAUUAAAAGAAUUAUUUAUCUAAAUUUAAUAAGAUACAAAUAGCAAUACUAGUCCAUAUAUAAUGAGAGAUGAAGGUGAACCUUAGAAACAUCAUCAUACAUGCAUAAAUUCAACCCUAGAGACUUAUCAAAAUGGCAAUGGCUCAACUCUCUAAUAAUGUGAUCAAAUGUGUUGAAGAAGAAAAAGAAGAAGACUACUUAUUAAGUAAAGAAUGGAAGGGAUUGGUAUCAACCUUGCCAAAAGAACAAGGAUGGCUUUCAAGGAACAUAUACAAAUACCAAGGUUUUUGGUAUGACACUAAGCACCUUCAAGGAGUCUUAUCUGUCCAAAAACACUUUAAAGCCAAAGAAAAAGAUAUCAUCCUUGUUACAACUCCCAAAUCAGGAUCAACUUGGAUCAAAGCUUUAGCAUUUGCAUUGCUAAACCGCCACAAAUAUCCAAAUGCUCAAAAGAAUCAUCCUUUGCUUACUAACAACCCUCAUCUUCUUGUACCCUUUUUAGAGAUUAGUCUCUAUUCUAAAAAAGACUUUGUUCCUGACCUUGAUUCAAUUCCCUCUCCGAGAUUAUUCUCUACUCAUCUUCCUUUUGUGUCUUUGCCAGAAUCAGUUAAGAACGUAAAUUGUAAGAUAGUGUAUCUUUGUAGAGAUCCUAAAGAUGUAUUCGUUUCGCUAUGGCAUUUUACAAACAAACUCGGGCCAGAAACUAGGUCAAUUGAUGAAUCGUUCAAGCAGUUUUGUAGGGGAGUAAGUCCGUUCGGACCGUUUUGGGAGCACGCAUUAGGGUUUCAGAAAGAAAGCUUGAAAAGGUCGGACAAGAUAAUGAUUCUAACAUUUGAGAAAAUGAAAUUGCAUCCUGCAUUGGUUUUGAAAGAAUUAGCUAAGUUUAUAGGAUGUCCAUUUUCUAAAGAAGAGUUAUCUAAGGGCAUGGUGGAUGAUAUCUUGAACUUAUGUAGCUUUAAUAACCUAAGCAAUUUAGAGGUGAAUAAGAAUGGAAAAUUACCAAAUGGUGUAGAAGCCAAAGUUUUCUUCCGUCGUGGUAAAAUUGGUGAUUGGAAAAACUAUCUCACGACUCAAAAGAUUCAGAAAUUGAACACAAUUAUUGAAAAUACUUUGGCUAAACAUGGGUUAACGUUUUAGCUUGCUUGGGUGAGGAUAUAAUUAAUUAAUUAUUGUUGCAAUUGUUGUUGCAUAUUGAAACUUAAUAUAACCUAGGAAUUUAAGUUUAGGGUUUAAGAUUCUCCAGUGAGGCAUAUGUUAAUUUGUCUUUGAAAUACUCAUUAUGAUGAAGCAUCAAUAGUGAAUUAAAUUUCCCUUAUAUUUUUCUUUUUGUGCCUUAUUAUACUUCUUAGUUGCUCAUGCGGAGAGGUUAAAAAAGAGUUUUUUUUUUUUUUUAAAACAAAUCUAAAAUAGAUUAAUAAAUACUAGCAUGUCUAUUAUCCCUCCUUUUUUUUUAAUUUUUAAUGUUAAAAGUAGCUAGCAAUAAUAAAAAUAUAAAUUAUUAACAUUUGUUGUCAAUACUAAUUGUAUAAUUUAGUGUUAGUUUUCCAUCACAUGUAUAAUAUUCAAUUCUGAAAAUACAGUGAUUUAGUUU